CUCGAGUUCGAAUCGCAUGUAUUUGAUAUUGCUUUCCACCCCAGCGAAGAUAUCGUCGCUGCGGGCCUCAUCACGGGCGAAGUACAUUGCUAUAAGCUGAAUGUCGGCGAUGGGGCCGAGAACAGCCAUCUCUUCUCAUCGGAUCACCACAAGAAGUCAUGUCGAGCACUGGCUUUCAGCCACAAUGGCGAUUCUCUCUAUACCGCCUCCAAAGACAAGUCGCUUCAGGUGCUGGACUCUUCCACCGGGAAGCUGAAGCUCCGGAAGGCCGACGCCCAUGACGAUCCCCUCAACUGCCUGCUUAAUCUGAACGAGAACCUGCUCGCGUCCGGCGACGACGGUGGCGCUGUCAAGAUCUGGGACCUUCGACAAAAAAAGAAAGUCAUCUCGUGGAAGGAGAAUCAGGACUUUAUUUCGGACAUGAGCUUUGUUGCCCACAAGAAGACCCUCGUGGUUACCAGUGGCGAUGGGUGCCUGUCGAUCUUCGACAUACGAAAGCCAGCGCCUGUGUGCGUCUCGGAUAACCAGGAUGACGAACUGCUCUCCGUCGCCAUCGUCAAGAAUUACAAAAAGGCCGUUGUUGGGACACAAGAUGGUGUUCUGUCGAUAUUUUCAUGGGGCAACUGGGGAGACUGCACCGACCGCUUUCCCGGACAUCCAUCCUCGAUCGACGCCAUCGUCAAGAUCGACGAAAAUACCAUUUGUACCGGAUCCAGUGAUGGUCUGAUUCGCGUCGUGGGCAUUCUGCCGAAUCGACUCAUUGGUAUCCUGGGCGAUCAUGGCGAAGGCAUGCCGAUCGAGCGACUCAAGCUCUCGGGCUCCAACAGCUGGAUCGGGAGCUGCUCGCAUGACUCUGUUGUCAAGUUCUGGGAUGUUGCCUCAUCGGCCGAUGACCAAACUCACGAUAACCAAAGCGACGAAGACGACGACGAUGAAGACGACGAUGAAGACGAAGAC